CUGUGUCCCCUGCAUUGGCAGGCGGAUUCUUAACCACUGAGGCACCAGGGAAGACCCCCUUCUCCCACUCUUUGCCUUGGUUGUAUCUUUUGGCUUGACAGCCACCAAGAGGGGAGCACAAUUUUCAGGCAGCUUGGAUUAAUUAGGAGAAAGUCAAUUGCACCAGCAAAUGGAAAUCUAGGAAGAAGCAAAUCUAUUGUUUGACUACUUAAUUGUCAUUGAUUUUGAGUCGACUUGUUGGAAUGAUGGGAAAUGCCACCGUAGCCAGGAAAUAAGUAAGUCUGAACUUGACUGCGAAUGGCCAAAGUUGAAUUUCCAGCUAUAUUGCUAAACACAUCAACUGGAGAGAUUGAAUCUGAGUUCCAUGCUUAUGUUCAGCCUCAGGAACAUCCAAUUCUUUCUGAAUUUUGCAUGGAACUAACAGGCAUAAAGCAGGCUCAAGUUGAUGAAGGAGUCCCUCUGAAGAUUUGCUUAUCUCAGUUCUGUAAAUGGAUUCAGAAGAUUCAGCAACAGAAGAAAAUUAUUUUUGCUACUAGGGUCUCAGAUAUUUCUACUUCUGAAGUAAAAUUAUGUGCAUUUGUUACUUGGUCAGACUGGGACUUGGGGGUUUGCCUGGAGUAUGAGUGUAAAAGAAAACAGCUGUUAAAACCUGUGUUCCUUAAUUCUUGGAUUGAUCUCAGAGUAACUUACAAGAUUUUCUAUAGGAGAAAACCAAAAGGACUAAGUGGUGCCCUGCAGGAUGUGGGAAUAGAAUUCUUGGGACGAGAACAUUUCGGGUUGGAUGAUUCUAGGAAUACUGCCCUUCUUGCUUGGAAAAUGAUCAGGGAUGGUUGCUUAAUGAAAAUUACAAGGUCCUUGAACAAGGUUCCCACUAAGAGGAAUCCUAACAUUUUCACCAGAAAUUUGAAUAUGGAUCAAGUUGAAGAAAUAUCAGCCUGCAACAGUAACAUUCAUGAUCCCAGCAUAUAUGGUAGGGAGCCUAAAAAUGCAAUAAAAUCCUAUGAGAAAGUGCAGAUGAAGUCAGUUGGUGUGAAUUUUCCUAUAAAGGUACAGCAAGAUCAGUUACAACUAAAGGGCAAUGUAAAUGUAGGCCGUCAGAAUGUCAAAAGCUGUUUAUCUCUUUUUAAUACUGAGUCCUGGACCUCUCUGGGGCAGUUACAGUCUUCCAGUUUGAAUAUACCUAUGCAGAAGCAAAUAAACCAACAUCUUGCAUUUAAUACCAAUUCUGAGUCUUCAACAGUUGGUUCAGAAUUGAUACUUGUUUCAACUACCAUUUCAUCUGUUAAUAAUGUUUCUGAUAUGGAAAUGAGUUCUGCUCUUGACAGUUUACCUGUGUUGACUGAUUGGGAGGAUGUAGCUUUACUGCCAUCAUCUCAACCUGAGCAGAAUAUAUAUUGUAUGCCUCCCAUUAGUGACUCAAACUUAGACACUUCAUUUAAUUCUGGAGAAAGAUUAAUGGUUUUAGAAAAAUCUGAAAUGUUAAGUCAAGAAAACUUUGGAGGCACAGAAGAAACUCCUCAAAAAUCUGAUACCUCUAAGUCUAUUGUAUAUAAGAGUCCCCAUACUACUAUUUAUAAUAUAAAAGAAGCCAAAGAUCCAGGUUCAGAUGCUUUUGACUUUAAGUUACCUGAAUGUAAAUCAAGUAGCUUCAACAGUGUUAAUGCCAAUAUGUCUCAUCCUUUAGUUUUGGGGAAACAUCCUCUUCAUUUAGGUGGUGCUAAGAGGAAUCCAUCCAGUCCCCUACCUUUCUCACCAGCAAAAAAACAGACCUUCACUAUUCAUGAAGAAAAGCCUACGUCAUCUAAUGGCUCCCCAGGGGGAAGUUCUUCCAGGAAGAUUCUCCCUUCUAUCUUAACUUCUACAGUUAAUGUACAAGAUCCUUGGAAGGGUGGGAAAAUAACACCUCCUUUAUGCAAGUGUGGCCGAAGAUCUAAGAGACUUGUUGCUUCUAAUAAUGGACCGAACCAUGGAAAAGUCUUCUAUUGUUGUCCUAUUGGGAAGUACCAAGAAAAGAGAAAAUGUUGUGGUUAUUUCAAAUGGGAACAAACACUUCAAAAGGAGAGAGCCAACAGCAUAGUUCUGUCUCAUUCCCCAGGCGGACUCACUUUUAACUCUUCAGAAACAAGCCAUAUUUGUGACAGAAAUGUAGAUUUUUCUACUAAAAAUUCAUUGAGACUCAGACCUUCAAUGAGGAAAUGACUUUUUUUUACAUGUAAACUAUGUUUUUACCUCAAUCUGACUUUUACUGCAGUAAAGAGAAAAAAAUUUGUGUAGGGCUACAAGUUGUGAGGACAUAGUGUAUCUGAGCUCUGUAAGCUACACUGGGGCUAUUCAACACAUUCUCACGCACACACACUGAAAAUAGAAAAAAGAAUUUCACAGGCUUCUAAUUUCCUUCACCAGUUAUCUAAUUUGUCUUCUGUUCAUGUAUGAAUCCUGAUUGCCCCCUUGAAUUCCCACACAUUAUGAGUAUUCUGAUAAUAUCUUAUACUAUUUUAUUUAUAUUUCACAUAUUAACCCAUGCGAAAUUUAUCAGACUUUUUUUAAG